GGCCGCCCCUCCAACCUCCCUCUCCCUCGCGGCCCGCGCGGCCACCAGGGCAGCCGCCGCCGCCGCCGCCCCGCUGCGCAGGGGAGGCCUCGCCACGGCGUGCCAGCCGGCACGGUCUCUGGCUUUCGCGGCGGGCGACGCGCGGCUCGCGGUCCACGUCGCGUCGCGAUGCCGGCAGGCGUUCUCCGGGCGUGGCACGCGGGCCAUGGCCACCAUGGCGAAGAAGAGCGUAGGGGAACUCACGGAGGCCGACCUCGAGGGGAAGCGCGUCUUCGUGCGCGCCGACCUCAACGUGCCGCUCGACGAGAACCAGAACAUCACCGACGACACCCGCAUCCGGGCCGCCAUCCCCACCAUCCAGUACAUCCUCAGCAAGGGCGCCAAGGUCAUCCUCUCAAGCCACUUGGGUCGCCCUAAGGGUUUUACACCCAAGUUUAGCUUAGCUCCCCUUGUAGGACGGUUGUCUGAGCUUCUUGGCAUUCAGGUGCAAAAAGCCGACGAUGUUAUUGGCCCUGAAGUUGAGAAGCUGGUGGCGGCCUUGCCCAACGGUGGGGUUCUGCUGCUUGAGAACGUAAGAUUCUACAAGGAAGAGGAGAAGAAUGACCCAGAGUUUGCACAGAAGCUUGCCUCCCUAGCAGAUCUUUAUGUUAACGAUGCAUUUGGAACAGCCCACAGGGCGCAUGCAUCGACCGAGGGAGUUACCAAGUUUUUGCAGCCUUCUGUUGCAGGGUUCCUUCUGCAGAAGGAACUCGACUACCUUGUCGGAGCUGUUUCAAGCCCUAAACGCCCUUUUGCUGCCAUCGUGGGUGGUUCAAAGGUGUCAUCCAAGAUCGGGGUUAUUGAGUCCCUGUUGGAGAAGUGUGAUAUCCUUCUCUUGGGUGGUGGUAUGAUCUUCACGUUUUACAAGGCACAAGGUCUCCCUGUUGGUGCUUCAUUGGUCGAGGAAGACAAACUCGAGCUUGCAACGUCUCUACUUGCAAAGGCUAAGGAAAAGGGUGUCUCCCUUAUGCUGCCAACCGAUGUUGUCAUUGCUGACAAGUUUGCCCCUGAUGCUAACAGCCAGAUUGUUCCAGCAUCUGCAAUUCCUGAUGGUUGGAUGGGCCUGGAUAUUGGCCCAGAUUCUGUCGCUUCAUUCAACGCAGCCCUGGAUACAACCAAGACGGUCAUCUGGAACGGGCCCAUGGGUGUCUUCGAAUUUGACAAGUUCGCUGUAGGAACCGAGGCUGUGGCAAAGAAGCUGGCAGAACUCAGCGGCAAGGGCGUCACAACUAUCAUCGGAGGCGGAGACUCCGUCGCCGCCGUCGAGAAGGUGGGAGUUGCUGACGUUAUGAGCCACAUUUCCACGGGAGGUGGCGCUAGCCUGGAAUUGUUGGAAGGAAAGGAGCUUCCGGGAGUUGUUGCGUUGAAUGAAGCCGCCACUGUGACCAGAAGCAAACUCUAGCGUGCGCUGAUGCCCCGUGGGAAGCUAGAUGUCACGUUACGGAGGUCUGCUACCGAAAAUUUCUGGACCUUGGCAUUGUAAAAUUUCUCUCUUGUCUCAGGCACUAGCUGGAAAAUUUUCGCUUUAGUUCCUCUAUUUGAGCUAAUGGAAAUCGCCGUUGAUGCCCUCUUCGCCGCCCGGACGAGUGGUCUUCAUCGUGCCCACAAUCGCUGUCUCGACUCCCCCCGAUCGCCAUCUAAUAAGCAGGACGCUGUGCUGAGCUGCCGGUCUCUGUUGUCAAGAACCUGUAACCAUUUAAUUGCAAGGGAAAAUAACAGAGGAUCAAUUCCGAUGCUUUGCAG